AUGUUCUCGCCGUCCUAUUUCCGCUCCGUGCUGGGAGCUACCAAACGAAUCAAGGUGGGUCUCGUCUUCUCUGCAAAUGUUAUGGAAGCUCAAUGGCUAACUGCAGCAUUUCAACAGGUCACCAAUCUCUUCCGUCCUCUCUCAACUUCUUCUUCUUCCUCGUCCGACAUACCUCCAGAGAUUCUAUCAGCUAUACAGAAAGGCAAUGGGGAAUCAAGUUCUGGAAUUCCUGAAAUAAAGAAUGGUAAGAUUGUUUGCUCCGGGUUCAAUAACACAGCACCAAACAUUUGCGCUUUCCGUUCAAUUUUCCAAACGCACCUGAGCCCGGCUGACCUGACAUCCUCACCUUGCAGGAAUGACCGAUUAGAAGUCUACAAGGAAAAGUUUCGCUUGCCCAAGGCCAUCCAGGCUGCGUACAUGAAACCCUUAAAACGGAAACCGGAAUAUGGUCUACCGGUUUGCAACCUACAGCUCCGCUCGUACAGCGCACGCCACGUCGAAUUCUUUGCUGAUUUCGCGCUCCGUGCCGCUUACUACCUUAAUAUCCCCGCUUCCGGACCAGUACCACUGCCGCGUAUAGUUGAGAGAUGGACCGUCAUUCGAAGUCCCUUCGUACACAAGAAGAGCAAGGAGAACUUUGAACGUAUAACUUGUCGAAGGCUGAUACAGCUUCAGGAUGGCCAUCCGGAAGCCGUUCAAGCGUGGUUAGCCUUUUUGAGAAAGCACGCCUUCCACGGUGUUGGUAUGAAGGCAAACGUAUUUGAGCAUGCUUCUCUGGAUGUUGGAAAGGAAAUGGAUACAGCAGCUAAAAGCCUUGAGAAGGCUCUUGACGAGGAACUUGCGCAUUUUGGAGCAAAGAAGGGCGCCGAGUUCCCAGAGUCCCUCGCUUCUAUGCUGGAAAGAGAAACACAGACGAGAACAGCUGCACCACUCACAGAGGGGCGAAAGGGUUGA